AUGGCAGAGGACGGCGACAUAAUUUCAGAGAUUCUGGCGAGGCUACCGGUCAAAUCUCUGAUGCGAUUCCGGUGCGUAUCCAAGUCGUGGAGUGCUCUGAUCUCCGAUCCUUACUUCACAAAGAAGCACUUAAGCUACACAGAAAUGGGCAUCACUGAGAACAGCUCCAGGCUCCUUUAUUCACUGGACCCUCCACAAUCCCUAGACCACGAAGCAUUGAAGGAUUUGAAGGAUCAUAGGGAUGGUUAUUUUGCCAACAGAGAGCUUGAUCUGCCGGUAAUGAUCCCGGGCUCAUCCAAUCGUUAUAAAAGGAUCGUUGGUUGUUGCAAUGGGUUAAUAUGCAUUUUAGUUGAACAAGUCGACUUUAUGUUAUGGAAUCCAUGUACUAGAUACUCCAACGUGUUACCAAGAACAAAAUUCCCUUCCUAUUUUCCAAAAUUUAAUAGUCGGAACGUGUUUUGUGGGUUCGGUUAUGAUUCUGCUACCGAUGAUUACAAGGUAAUAAUGGGGACUAGAAACUGCAAACAAAUUCAGAUUUUCACUCUAAAAACGAGUUCAUGGAAGGUGCUCCCCUUAACCAAUGCUCUUGACAUGUCAGGUACGGCGGGGUUGUUAUUGAAUGGAUCUUUGCACUGGUUGGCUGAACCCCAGCCAAAUGCAGGGAAUCGCCAAACAAUAUUGUCUUUUGAUUUGGUGGAGGAGAAGUUUCGUGAGAUGAUUCCAUUACCCCAUCAUGAUGCUUACUUUCAGGGUAUGACGAUUCUUAGAAAUUAUCUUUGUGUGUUUGAACUCUUAGUUGGCCGGGAUCGUGUUAACACAAUAUGGUUGAUGAAGGAGUAUGGGGUGAAGCAAUCUGGGACUCAAGUUAUAAUGUGUUCUAAAAAGGUUAUGCCUCAAGAGUACAGACAUGUGUUCAUGCAGCCUAUUUGUAUUCUAGAGAAUGGAGAACUUUUGGUUAAUGAUUGGCGUGCAGGUUUCUUGGUGUUAUAUGAUCCAAAGGAAAAUACAUUCAAGAAUGUUACCAAGACUCAUGAUCAAUUGCGUUGUGGAGCUUUAGUUUACAGAGAGACUUUAGUUUCACCAGUAACCGGCAGUGUUGUAGACAUCUGA